AUGGCUUCAAGCUUUGCUGAGGCACCUGCACCCUGGCAAAGCCAGGUCUCUGAACCCCGUGCUACUCAUCAAUCUUCAGAUGCGAACCGACAAGAAGGCCUAUCUCGCGGAACGGAUCCUUUGGGCUUGUCGCGCCGUCCAAACGAAGCCGUGUCCGUGGCCCCUCCUGCCCAACAUAUUGAGACGCCUGCUGGUUCGAAUGCGACUCUGAGUCACCAUCAGUCCGGCGACCUCAGCGACCUCGACGACGACCCGUUCUUUGGUGCCGACUUUGACACUAUUGACCCGGCGACGCCUUCAUUUUUGGACGAGGGCACGUGGGAUCAGACCACCUUGUCUGCCAACAAUCCUACAAUAUCCGCCUCCCACCAUGAAACAGCAGUAGACGGCGCCUCGUAUCCCCUGACGCCCUCACGCACCGCCUCUUUGCACGCGACACCGCUUGCAAGUGAUCCCAAGCAUCUGGCUAGGAUCGCAACUUCCGAGACGUUCCCGGAUUCCAUCUCGCCACAACAGCUCCAGCGGUCCUUCAAGCCAAAUCCCAUCCUUGUCACCUCAUCAACGCUUACCCCAAGUCACAGCAGUAGUAAUCGGACAAGCGAGGACGGUCUUGUACCGGCUCCUGCGGCUAUGCAUCCCCAGAGUCCAAGAGUGACCAUCUCACUCUGGGACAAGGAUGAUGACGCUCCCAUUCAUGCUGUCGAGCGUACGUUAGAAGACAACUCGAGGACGGUCUAUGGGGGCAUCUGCUCCGCAGGUGACCUCAUAUAUGCCGCUCAAGAUCGAAAUUUCAUGCCUGGCAAUAGAUAUUCCUCGGAAUGCUGGCAACAUGAGCCUGGAUCAAGACGAGCAGGGCUUGAUCCCAGCCGUCGUCCAUCUGACGAUAUACUCAGCAUCAAUGAGAUUGUUUCCAAAAGGGAAAAUGCCCAACGCAAUCAAGAAGUCGGGCGGUGGUUGUCAGAUAAUCCUGAUGACAUGCUCGUUCCACGGGAGAAAACUGCGGACGAAAUGCGAGCCAUUGACGCCAUGGUGCACGGAGACGAUGAGAUCCCUUUCGGACAACACACUGAAAACCGAUUCAAGGAAGGGAUGACGAUUCUUGGCGGCAGUGGAGGCGACAUGUCUGAUGUUGAUCGGAGAAUUCUUCUCUCCAGUCGAAAUUUCGGAGACGGGCCUGUCCUUCAUGAGAUCCAAAUGGGAGAGCCAGGGAGAUUCCAACCAGAAUCAUCACAGGCCGCCAUUGCCAGAUUCGAGAGCAUGUGCCGAGACAAUGAUUCCAUUAUCUCGAGAUCCGCAACUUGGGGCACUCGUCGGCGAAGUUUCCCCAGUCUUGUUGACGUCGAAGGUGUAACCAGCGGGAAUUUCUUGAAGAAGUUGUCCAUCAGCCGCGGCAACGGAGAGAAGACUAGCAAACCAGGCAGCUUCCUCAGGGAUCUUCGAGGCCUUGUAAGACGUACCAGCACCAACCAACUGCGGAAGCGAUCGCGAAGUCGCUCUCGUGGUCAAUGUGAUGGUCUGGCGGAGUCAGCAGUUAACGAAGGAGCUGAACGACACAUCAAACGCGAGAGCACGCCGCACUUGUCGCCCCCCCUAGGAUCAGCUGGCAGUGGCAAGAAAGUGGCCCCCAGCAUUAACACUACCUUGGCAUCCAUGAGCCAAAAUUUUGCGUCCAUGUGGACAGGUCAUGCCAGAAGUGGCUCUGUCAGCGGAUCGUCUCCAGUGACCUCACCCAGAGCGUCCGUUGGUGGUCUUGGCGUCAAGAAUUCACUCCGAAGACCUCGGAGUAAAUCUGAGAUUCCCAAGCCCACAGGCGGUGUACCUGAUCUCGAAGGCGCAUCAAGUCUCGUCGACAUGUGGCGCAAGUCUGGUGGCCCUCCGGUGGCGCCGGUUGGCAGUGUUAGUCAAGCCCACGUUGCCGAUGACGACGAUGAUGACGAUGACGACGACCCUUGCGAAGAUAAUGAUAUAAGGAGGACGAACCCGCAUCUAAUUGACGAAAUUACGCCAAACUUUACUGGAUUUCAACAACAUGUGAUUCUGUUGAACCCGGCAUUGGAGAACCAACAUGGGUAUUUGGUGGAGCGCAUUGCUCAGCACCAAAAUAUCAGAUUCAGACAGUUGCUCAGCGCCAGGGUUAAGCACCUGAACCUGGGCGCCAAUUGCUCUUCCGGCUCCUUGUGCAUGGCACUCGGCGGAUCCGCAAUUAUUCUUGAUCGGAAGGGUAGUAGUACCAAGUUGUUGGAUCCUCUGUCGGCUAGAAUGGAUGAGGAGGAGGGCGUGCCAACAGAGGGCACCAUCAACCAAGAAAGCUUUCCGCAGGAUAUUCCCAUGCCACCAACUCAGUAUCUACCUGCAGAGUUCGAGUGUCAGCUUUGCUAUCAGAGGAAACAAUUUCAGAAACCAUCUGACUGGACAAAGCACGUGCACGAGGAUGUACAACCAUUUACGUGCACUUGGGACAAGUGUCGAGACCCGAAAUGCUUCAAACGCAAAGCCGAUUGGGUCCGACAUGAGAAUGAAGGCCACAGGCAUCUAGAAUGGUGGACAUGCGAUGUUGACGACUGUCGACAUACCUGCUACCGCCGAGACAACUUCCUUCAUCAUUUAGUGCGCGAGCAUAAGUUCUUGGAGCCCAAAGUAAAGACGAAAGCUGCCAUGAAGCGUGCUGGGGCCACGGAUCCAACAUGGCAAAAGGUCGAACAGUGUCAUAACGAGACAACGAGCCGACCACAAGAUGAGCCAUGCCGAUUCUGCGGCAAAGUCUUUCCGACUUGGAAGAAGCUGAUCGUUCACCUGGCCAAGCAUAUGGAGCAGAUUUCCCUCCCCGUCCUGCGGCUUGUGGCCGCCAAGGCGAUGGAAUUUGUUGCUGACACCAUCAGUCCAAUUCAGGACCCUCCGCAAACACAAGCAAUCCCCUUGCCCAUGACACAGGCCGCGACUCCAUCACGGUUCCUCGGUGGACAACAGAUUCAGCCGCAGCACAGCUACAGCCCCCCGAAUUUGGGAUUCCAGUCGCCAAGCCCCUGCUUAUAUUCUGUCGUAGCAGCUGGACAAGUCCACCAACAACAGCCCCAUCUACCACAGUCUGAACAUACCGGACCGAGUCUUCCGUCUGACAUGGGCGUGGAGCAACUGAAUCAGGGUUACGGCACGGUUAAGCGACUGCAGAAGAUGCAGGGAAACCAAGGCGGAAGCCACUUGGCGUCAAACAGAGACUUCGCUACCAUGCCAGAAACCGAUGUAGAGCCGUUUCCGCAACUGAGCAUGACUGCUCUUGGACUGCAAAACGCGCAUCUAGGAGGCCGGCUUGGUGGGCAAAUGAGCUUCGACCCAACGAUGGAUCCGUCCAGCGCGAACGGGAGUCCCUUCAGUGGGCAUGAGUCACUGUCGACAUAUUCUCACUCGCCGCAGACGGACGCGUCAACUAAUAACCGAGGCCAGCGGUAUAGUCAGCACCAACAGCGACGGCAGCACCAUUGUGACGAGCGGCCACUUUUUUCCUGA